UUGGCGGUUGAGAGCGAGCCGUGAUUUUCAUUGUGCCAAUCUUCAACUGUAACCGUCUCUCUUCUCCUUCUUCCCUUGUUCUUCGCUCACACCUCUCACGUACGUACUAAGAAGAUGCCUGUGACUGCUGCACUACCUGCUUCGGCGAGAGCAGGAGCUUCCGUCGCCUGCGCUCACGACCGCCGGUUGGGCAUCUGUAGCCGCCAUCACGCUCCCUCUCUCCUCCACCCUCGCCAAUCCUCUGCUCGAGCCAUCAGCGCUCGAUCACGGCCGCCGAUUUCAGUCGGCGACAAGCAACUCGCUAUUGCUCGCAAGCUCGCAUUCGUCGUGAGAGCAGCCGAUUCCACUCAGCCUGCGACCGCUGGCAAGGCGAUUAUCCCUGACGAUGAGUUCUCUCUAGCCAAGGUUUCAUUCGGUGUUAUUGGGUUGGGAGUUGGAGUUUCGCUCCUGUCUUAUGGAUUUGGUGCAUAUUUCAAUAUCCUCCCUGGUUCUGAAUGGUCUGCCUUGAUGCUGACGUAUGGUUUCCCUCUGACAAUUAUUGGUAUGGCUUUGAAGUAUGCUGAGCUCAAACCGGUACCAUGCUUGACAUAUUCAGAUGCUCAAAUAUUGAGGGAGAACUGUGCCACCCCAAUCUUAAAGCAGGUUAGAAGUGAUGUCAUUAGAUAUCGAUAUGGAGACGAGCAGCAUUUGGAUGAGGCAUUGAAACGAAUCUUCCAGUAUGGCCAGGGUGGUGGAAUCCCACGAAGGAGUGCACCCAUACUACAGAUGAUCCGCGAAGAAGUAACUGACGAAGGAAAAUACUGCUUGGUUUUGGUAUUCGAGGCAAAAGCAUUGCAGCUAUCUGAUUUUGAGCAAAGACAGGCAAAGUUUGCUUCAUUUUUUGGACCUGGCAUUUCAGCUGAAGUAGAGAACAAGCAUGUGGUUGGUGAUGAUGGUGAACCUUCAAUUGCAGCGAAGGGAGAGCAGGAUCUCUAUGAAGUGAGACUCAUCUCCAACACAACCCCGAAUGCAUCGUCUUGACGGAGGAAGCAAGCUAACACAUUCUUGUUCUCUCUCCUGGUACUUCGGCGUAAUGCCACAGAAAAGCUACUGAGAGAGAUUCUCUGCAGUGUUUUUUCUUUGCUGAUGGCACUGUAAAUGGAUGAGAGGAUGUGCGACAAAAAAGGUAUAUAUUAUGUGACCGAUAUACAAAAUGUACGGUUUCACGUUCCAUUUUGCCGAUACUUCCACACCGUUGUACUUAUUGUCAACAGGCCCACUAUCUAGGAACAGUAAAAAUUGAGGUUUUCCAGCUUCCUCCAGAAA